AUGACGGUGCAGCCCCGACCGAUUCCUCGAAGCCCACCGCGCUUGUCGAUUGACUUACCGACGAGUCUGCGCGACAGUUCCUCUCCAUUUUCGGCACUCUCGACACCCGGUGCAACAACCUCGGGAACGUCGCCAAGCACGGGUGAGAUGGAUAGUUGGUUCAUCUGCCGCGUACAGUGUCUCUAUGACUUUGAAUCGGACGACCCGGAUCACCUUCCUUUUCACAAGAACGAGAUCCUGACUAUUGCAAAGCAAGAAGAGACGGGGUGGUGGGCCGCCAUACGCCCGCCUGGAGACCGCAUAGGAUGGAUACCAAGCAGUUUCGUGGAGCCCAUCAUCGAAGACGGACCCGCCACGAACACAGAAUCGGCUAGUGAGUUGGAAAGGCAGAAUAGUUAUCCGACAUCCGUAUCCUUCGAGAGUCAAAACGAAGGAUGGGUUCAACUUAAAAAUAACCAAAGGGUUCCCUGCCUCCAGCUUGGCACUUCCACCGAUUUAUUUUCCCGAGGCGGGCUGUCUGCGGGCUCAAUGAGUCCGACGUCAUUCUUCGAUAUCGUAGACGACUUGGAUUCUCCUACUCAGUUCCGGCCUCCGCCUUCACCCUUGUCGGCGGUACCGAAACCGCCUCACGACCCAUGGACUCCUUUGACGCCCAUGACGCCGUCCACUCCUGCCACUCAUCAGCAUCGCCGCGCCCAUUCGACCACGUCCGUUCAAUACAGUCAUACCGCUCCCAUCAAGACGCAAUAUGGUCGACAAGUGCGACCUCUUCCUGUUAUUGUGGACAACGGCGACACAGUGACCCGACUCUCCGCACUCAUGGGUUCUUAUGCAUCACCUAUGGGAUACGAACUUCUUUCGAAUCCUAACAUCAAUGAAUCCUUGCAUUCACAUUCGCGGAGUCGAAGCACUUCUUUCCGUUCAAAACGUCUGCCAGAUCCUCCUUCAGGAGCCCAGACUCCCAGGAAGCAGUUGCCUACACCUCCCCCACACCCGCCUGAACAGCAGAUCCCGAGUUAUGAGUUGCAGACAGAAAGGGGGGUUGUGAGGGCUGGGACACUGAGGGCGCUAUUGCAGAAGCUGACUGCGGAGUCCAGUGGCCCUCAGGAUGUAACGUUCCGCGAAGAUUUUCUCCUCACUUUCAGGACGUUUACCACACCGGACGAGUUCUUCGACUUGUUGGUUGCUCGGUUCGACAUGGCGCCUCCUCCGAACAUUUCGGCGAGAGCACUGGAGCUGUGGAGGGAACGGGAGCUUCGGCCAGUCCAGAACCGGGUCAUGACAAUCCUCACCCUCUGGGUUGAGUCCUAUCACCUCAUGCAGGAGGAACCGAUGCUUGGGCGAAGAUUAUCGAAUUUUCUGAGUAGCACUUCGAUUCCACCGCAGAUGUCACGACCCGCAAGAGCUCUGCUGAAAUCAAUUUCAGAGUCUAAAGCAGAGCCCUAUGAAUCACCCGUAGCUUCGCCUUUGACUCCCGCAACGCCUUUGACCCCCGCCACCCCGUCACUGUUCAAGCGUCCCAAAAACAAUCCCAAUGACCUUUGUCGAUGGAACCCAGAUGAAAUUGCGGAGCAUCUAUGUGUGAUCGAGCAGAGACUUUACGCAGCGAUUCGUCCGGAGGAGUGUUUCUGCUGGACACGAAUGCAGCAGGGGCGGGAGGUUAGCAACAUUACAGCGUUCAUGAACGCAUACAAGAAGGUCUCUUCAUGGGUCAAGAUGAGCAUUCUAUCUCAAGAAUCGCUCAGCAAACGCGCGGCGACGGUCGACUUUUGGAUACAGGUUGCCGAUAAAUGUCGCAACGCCCAGAACUAUCAUUCUCUGUCCGCCAUUAUUACCGGUCUCUCCAGUCAGGUCGUCACAAAGCUGCGCUACACCUGGAAGCAAAGCACGCGAAGAGCGCAGUUCGACUCGCACAGCAAGCUCUGCGACUCCGCGAGUGACUUCUCGACUUUUUUAUGCGUCAUGAAGCGCACAGAGGGCCCGUGCACGCCCAUCCUCCGCAUGUUCCUCACCGAGCUGGUAUCCGUUGACAAGGCCAUGAAAGACACCGUCGAGGUUCCCACCUCCGUAGGGCCCAUCCAGUGCAUCAACUUCGCCAAACGCCAAAAGUUCGCCAACGUCGUUGGCACCCUGCUUCGACACCAGCAGAACCCGUACCCGUAUACCAUCGUCGAGGCUACGCGGAGUUUUAUGGUGUCCCAGAUGAACACCGCUGUCGCAAAGGAAUCCAGUUGGUUCUGGACUCGCAGCGAGAAGCUGCAGACUUCCGAGGCUGCGCGCCUCGAUGUCAAAGGACGCCUGGACGCCGCCGGCAUUCUGUGA